CAAGGAGAAGGGCAGAUAACUCAGCGCGCACACAUGGCUUCGAAAGGAGUAAGAAAGGUUGCAAGAGCAGCCAAGAAACUAGGACCAAAGGUUGUUCAUCCCCCAAUUUUGAAAACAGACAUCCCUGCAGGUCAGGCUGCAGCUGCUCCACCUUUAGGCCCCCAACUUGGUCAGGUUGGCAUCCAGAUAGCUCCAUUCUGCAAGGAAUUUAAUGAAAGGACAAAGGAUAUCAGGCCUGGCAUACCACUGCCAACUAGAGUCAGAGUUAAUCCUGACAGAUCAUUUGACAUCACAAUCCACCAGCCACCAGUCUCAUACUUCCUAAAGCAGGCAGCAGGGGUGAAGAUUGGAGCCAGGAAACCAAGUCGUGAAAUAGCUGGGAAAGUGUCUUUGAAACAUGUUUAUGAAAUUGCGCAGAUCAAGUCUCAGGACCCAACCUUUAAGUUUGUGAAUAUGGAGACAGUGUGUAAAUCAGUAAUUGGUCAGGCCCACAGUAUGGGCAUUGAGGUGGUGAAGAAGCUGGAAGUAGAUGAUUACGCACAGUUCCUAGAAGAGCGGAAAUUAGAAGUUGAGGAACAGGACCAGAAGCUGGAAGAGGCAAGGCAAAGCAAAAUGCUUAGGUUGUAGCAGACAUCAACGUCUGUGAUAGAUGGGAAUUGUUUAGCCUGUUCAGAUCCACAAGCUGGUUUCUUGGAAUUCCUUGGAGAUACGGGGAGAAUUCAUGUCGUUUUGGGAUUCAACAAAUAUCACCUUUCAUAACACAGCAUCUGUUCAGAGAUCUAUACAAAAGCUCAUAUCAUUUAAUAGGAAUUCUUCAUGUUCUUUGAUCUUCAUCAGAAGAAAACUGGAGAAAUGUGUGUUUUCAGAUGCAUUUAGUAGGUUUUGAUCAGAACUGAGUUGUUAUAUGUGAGAAUGUCAAAUUGUGUGCAUAUAUUGAGCAAGAGGAGUUUGGGUCACCUAAUGUUAUGAGACUACAACUUCAAUGGCUCAUGUUGUUAGAUUUUGAUUAGUGUGAGAAUGUUACAAAGAUUCAGCUCUGUUAAGGCUGGUUCUCUGAAAUAGUUGCAUUUACCUAUCAUUUCUUUGUGAUGAAACAUUUCCUGAUAACAUGCCAACAUUUAUCUUAAUAACAUCUAAAUUAUCUUUAGUAUUUACAGAUGCUAUUUAGUUGCACAUAUAAUUAAGACUACCAGCAAGAGUGAAAAUAAUUGAUUUUGCUGGUAAUAAAGAUAAUUAAAUUGAAAGCCUUGUAAGCAUGUAGUAGGAAUUCUAUGCAGUCUGUUGUGAUUAUUACUCAAGUUUGUGUGAAAGAAUAGUGUGUGUGUGUCUCAAUAAACAUACUAUCUACUAA